AUGAAUACGUCAGCAGAAGAGUUGGAAAGAAACGCAGACAAAUACAUACGAAAAGACGGCCAUUUUCUGAUAAAGAUGAUCAUGAGCUAUGACGCAGACAAGGCAGCCACGCUAUACAGCCAGGCCGCACAGGCUUACUCCAGAGAAGGAAACCACCGAAAAGCAGCUGAAAUGUACGGAGUAUCUGCAAACGUGCUUAUAGAAACAAAAGACGAAACAAACAAAUUUGACGUUUUCUCGUUUUUGGAGAAGAGCGCAGAGGCUUUGCUUGCAGACGGGAAAAAAGAGGACGCAAUAAAAGUCUACCAGAAGGCACUGAACGAGAUAUCUAUAAACUACGAGGACACCUCUAUGGUGGCUUCGCUUAUUGCCAAAAUCGGGGGACUCUUCAAGGAGAUAAACCAAGAAAAGGAGGCACUGAAGUGCUUCUACAGGGCGGCUGACGUGUAUGGGCGCGCCAAGAUGCACAUAAACAAAAGAAGCAUUCUUUUGGAGUGCGCAGCCGCUGAGAUUCGGUCGAAAAAUUACGAGAAGUCGUUUGAGCUGUACAAGAGCCUCUCGAACGAGAACUCGGAGAUCUCGCACGUUUUGGAAAAAACGAGUUUUCUGUUCCUGGGGGUUCUCUGCGGGAUUAUUUUGGAAAAGACGAAGGACGCGUACGAGCUCCUGAACCAAAUGGACGACUCGCAGGCGGAGACGCAAAUUGCAUACAAGAUGCUGGAUAUUCGGACAAAGCGGUCGGAAGACCAGGAAGACCUAGAAAAGGCUGUGGAGUACUUCAAGAGAACGCACCAGCUGCCGUCCGAGGUGCUUAUUGCCUUGCACGACGCGCAGGUUUCCAUCGACCCAAACAAUGAUAUACUGUAG